CGGGGUCAUUCAAUUCGGUCACGAAGCAUUGUAUUCUGAUGCACCAUGCAAGCCUGCAAUCAGGUCCUAUUGCGCAUUGGCCUCACUCGACGUGGUGGUGGCAUUCACCUGCUUCUCCCAGCCAUGGUGGCUGGGAAUUCUCUGGCGUUUCACUCUAUAGGAACUUGUGCUUGACGUGCAGAGCAUCUGAAGUGCCUUGUGAAGUUCGCGAGGGAUUGAAGGAGCGGGGGCUGUAGGACGAUCAAUAGAAGUGGUUGGGUUCUAAUUAGGGCUUACUGGGGGAUUUGCAGGGAAAGAUGGCGUUGAGGGAGAAUUUGAAGCUUAUUUGCAAGCACUUGAGUGUGCGGCAGCGGGAGAUGUUAGCCCGAAGCUUGUGCUCACUCGGGGGUGGUCCACAUGGGGUUGUUCAAGAGACAGGUGAGGUAGAGAAAAAGGAUCUUAGGCUGCCUCGGCUUGGACGCGCAAGAAGUGUGUGCAGCAGUGCGCAUUGUGCACAAGCGUCGUCGCAGGUGGAAGUUGCCAGUGCUGCUUUGAGCCCGGCACCAGGAUUUCAAGCUUUGGGAAGUGCAGUGCGGAAAGGGGCCGGAUUUUCGGUGAUAUCUGGAUUCAAGCCCAUUUCACCAACUGACAAUGCGGCUGUAGGGGAGCUGGAUGCGAUCGGUGUAGCGAGAGAAAUGUCAAAUGAGCUCUCCCACCAAAAGAUGGACGAAACCGUGCGGAUUUAUGAUGAAUGGGUGAAGUCGACGGAUGUAGCAGGGAUUCCUAAAAAGCCGAAUGUCUUGGUGUAUAAUUUGCUACUCCAUGCCAAGCUCCGCCUAGGUACUCAUCCUGAUGUACUGCACCAGAUUGUGAAGGAAAUGGAGAAUGAAGGCGUAACGCCAACUCUACUUUCGUACAAUUUUCUUUUGCGAUCGGUAUUUCGUCAGAGAGAUUCGAAGGCAGCCGAACUUAUUCUUUCUAAAAUGGAACGAGCUGGACCAGAGGCGCAACCAGACGGGGAUGCGUACAACUUUGUUAUUGCUUUAUGUGCCCUUAAUCGAAGAAUACCAGCUGCGUUAAGGCAUAUGCAGGCUAUGUACGAGAGAAAUCUUGUGCCCAGCAAGAUUACGUACAACGAAGUGCGCUCGUGUCCACCGCACCCAAACAGCUGUUGCUGUAAUGAAGCAAUUGGAGGUGGGAGUUCACGAACCACCAUCUUGCAUCCAGCUCAUCAAAUGACGCCUCAAAUUCAGACAUUAGUAGAAUUGGUCAUAGCAGCAACAGAAGUCGAUGAUGCGGAAUGUGCUCUUGCUGCUUUACAAUACCUCAACAAUCAAAGUAUACCAAGGGUUGCACAGCCCCUGGUAAUGGACGAGGGAAGUAUUGUGGCCAUUCUCGGAACGGCUGCACGCACUGCUAAUUUCGCACUUGCGAAAGAGGCCUGGGACCUUCUUAAGUCGUCUGUUGGCUCAGCUCGUGCACAUAACCCAGCUGCUUGCAUGGCCUUGGUGCACACCUUGUCCACUUCACAACAGUUCGAUGCCGCACUUUCAACUCUGGCAGAGAUGCAAAAUCAAUUUAAGAUCCCUCGAAAUGCAGAAGAGCUAGAAAUUUUGAGUCUAUUCUCGUCAUUAAGGCCUUUUACGCUUUCGCUGUCUCAGAUGGGCCCCACUGGACUGGAUGGUGCAUACUUCAAGCUGGCUGAAAUGCAUGGUAGUGGACAAUCAGUACCUCUAGCAGCCUUAAAUUGCGUCAUACUCGGCUGUGCAUAUAUUUGGGAUGCUGACCGUGCAUAUCAGACCUUCGAAUCUAUUGGAAAUAUCUUUGGGCUAAGUCCUGAUGUUCAUUCCAUAAAUGCUCUCUUGGAGGCUUUCGGAAAGACUAGAAAGACAGUAGAAGCUGUGAAGUUGUUCGAGUACAUGAACGAGGCUGGCAUUACUCCAGAUCAGCGAUCAUUUGAGUUGAUGAUCACUGCUCAUGUCGUCAAUCGUGACAUGCAAGCAGCUUCUGUUGUUCUCGCUGCUAUGAUGGAUGCUGGGCAUAUCCCAUGCAGGGAAGUCCUCUACAAGUUGUGGAGGCGGUGUCGUAGAGAAGGUGACGUAAAGACAGUUGAAAAGCUUCGAGGAUUGCUUAGGUCUUGGGGUUGUCGGGAUUGCGUUGUUGGGGAUAAUAGGCAGCGUCUCAUCAGUUCAUCUGCAAAACAAACUCAAUCUGGGCUUCUCCACGUUUGAUAAGUACCUCUUCCAGGAAAGGCCAAGAGUGUCAUGCCACGUUUGUUGCAGGUGGCAAUUACUUAAGGUCAGUUCAUGCAUGUUGUGCAGGUGUGUGAAGUUGCAUACAGAAAGUUGCAUCUGAAAACUCUUGUAGAUUUUGUUCGAAACCUGUAGUAGGAACUGCCUAGAAUUUGCGGCAUAAUUUCAUUUCUUAAUGAGUAGAAAGGCAGAAGAAUCGUGCUUGGAAGCAGUGCUUAGUUUCAAUCGUGCAUCAAUGAUGUACAUCAGUUCAUUGAGAACGUAAUUACCUUUUCUAGAAGAAUUAUUGAUUUUAGUUUGGCCACAAUCAGAAGUGAUAAAUCUCUCAGCCUGUGAAAACAUGGAACCGUAAUAAGAGACAUUUAUUUGAAAUAAUCUA